CCCCGGCCUGCCUGUCGCCGCCCGUCCCCGCUCGCGGCGAGGCGAGGUGGCGGCAGCGGUCAGGCAGCGCGCCUCAGCGCGGCGCCGCUAUGGCGCUGGAGGUGGAGGCGUCCGGGGCUCCUCUGGCCUCUUUCCUGAGGGACUUCCCGUCUCCGCUGGGCCCGGGGGAGCCGCUGCCGUGGAGCUCGGCGGGGGCCGGUGCCCUGAGCAAGGCCGAAGUGCCGGGCGCGCUGGCCGAGCGGGCGAGGAGCCUCCUGACCAGCAGAGGUGUUGCACCACUUCUUGCAGCAUCAUUGAUCCAUGCUGCACUUGAUGAAGUUCUCCAAACAGACUUGACUGAAUUUCAACAGCAAAGUGUGGAAACAGAGGAAGAAGGAGAUGAGGAAAGGUUCACCUUGCUGGAUGGAGAGUCGUUGCAGCGCUGCUUCUUCAACAAGCUUCGGGAUGUUUGCUGUGAGUGGCAGAAGCAGCUGCCUCCACUAAGGCCACUGAGGAGGUUCCUGCUUGUUUCUGUCUACGCCAUCCGGAACACGCGGCGGAAAAUGGAGGACCGGCACGUUCUGCUCCCAGAGUUCAAUCAGCUCUUUGGUUUAGCAGAUGAAGUGGAUCGUGCUUACUUUGCAGUAUUUGAUGGCCAUGGUGGAGUGGAUGCUGCUGAUUAUUCAGCAACCCAUUUACAUGUAAAUGUUGGGCUGCACAAAGAGUUUGUUAAGAAUCCAGCUGAGGCCUUGAAAUGCUCUUUCCAGAAGACGGAUGAAAUGUUUCUUGUCAAAGCCAAAAGAGAGAAGCUGCGCAGUGGUACAACAGGUGUGUCUGCCUUGAUUGUAGGGAACAAGCUGCACAUAGCAUGGCUUGGGGACUCACAGGUCAUGCUUGUGCAGCAAGGAAAAGCUGUGACAUUAAUGGAACCUCACAAACCAGAACGAGAAGACGAGAGAGCACGGAUUGAAGCUCUGGGUGGUUGUGUGACCUAUAUGGACUGCUGGCGGGUUAAUGGCACCUUGGCUGUCUCUAGAGCAAUUGGGGAUGUAUGCCAGAAGCCCUAUAUCUCUGGUGAUGCAGAUGGAGAUUCAUUUGAUCUGACCGGCUCUGAAGAUUACUUGCUCCUAGCCUGCGAUGGAUUCUUUGAUGCUGUCAAGCCAUAUGAGGUUGUAGACUUGGUCCUAGAUCAUUUAAUGCAAACCAAAGGAGUGGGUCUUAAUGCAGCAGAAAGACUGGUGGCUGCUGCAAAGGAAAAUGGAUCCAGUGAUAACAUCACUGUUCUAGUGGUGUUCUUGAGGGAUCCUCAGGACAUCUUGGCAGGCUGUCUCAGAGACCCUAAGAGCCUUGAGGCUGGUGAUGGUGCUCGGAGUUCACCCUUUAAUUUCCUCAGCUGUGAGGCAGCAGCCACACAGUGACAAAAUCUGCUUAAAUGAGAAUGUUUAAGUAAGUUCGUGCCAGGAACUGCUUUACACUGAAGAAGCCUCUCAUACAUAGGCAAAAGGUGUCAGGAGAAGAGUGACAAAUGGACAAACAUUUGAGAGAAGGGCAAGACUCCUUUUGCUGAGUUCCCAUUUGUUUUUUCUCUUCCCUCCUUCCCUCCUCCUUUCAAAAACCACUGAGCAGACCUUGUACAGCUGUUUCAUCUCUGGGAGCAGACUUCUGAAAGUGUGCCCCAGGGCUGCUGGUCAUAUCCCUCUGCCCUGGAAGUGGCAAGAAACCUUACUGUGCAUAAGCUUAGUGGGUCAGAAAACCCACUUGUGAAUUCUGAGUGAGAAUUUCAAUUAGAAUCAUAGGAUUGUUAGGGUUGGAAGGAACCUCAAGGAUCAUCUAGUUCCAACCCCCUGCCAUGGGCAGGGACACCUCGCACUAGAUCAGGUUGCUCAGAGCCACAUCCAGCCUGGCCUUAAAAACCUCCAGGGAUGGGGCUUCCACCACCUGCCUGGGCAACCUGUUCCAGUGUCUUACCCCUGUUUAAAGAGAAUGCUGUAUGUGUAUUUUAUUGUGAGAUUAACUUUGGAGACUGGGAAGAGAGAAACUCUCACCAUCACAGAGGAGCUUGUUACUGUGUGGGGUCUAUAGGAACGAGCUUGGUGUGUGACUGGGGGUGACGCUGUUCUGUUCAGGGGUUCGCUUUUGUUUUGUACCAAAGAUGAGAUUCCAAGGGUGAUGUGGCUGCUUCAUUCAGAGGCAUUCAGCCUCAUGUGUGUGGAGAGGAGAAAACAAAACUGAAUGCUUAAAAAAAAAGGCCAGAAAGCUAACUGGAAAUAUCCCAGGCAAAAGGAUACAAAAUCAGGGGUUGCUCUGGUUUAUAAACUGGAAUCCAAUAUUUAACUGCACUGGAUUAUUUCUCCCUAACAAAUGCUUUAUUGGCUGUCUGUCAACCUGAAAAGAAAGGAACAUUAUUAUUGUAUUUGAAAGAUAUUUACAGUAUGUCUGCUGUAGCAGUUCAAUAUGCUCUGUUUCUGCCACUUUUUGGUGUAAAAAUUAGAAUUUUAUUCUGUGUUUAUUUCCUGAACUUUACAGUUGGAGGAAUUUCUCCCCCCUCCCCCCUCCUUUUUAUUUUCAGUGUUACUUUAUUUUUGUUGUGGUUCUUAUUUAAAUGAGAAUUUGAAGGUGGCUGUGUCGUCUUCUUAUCUGGUUUUAAAAACAGACUACCCUCAAGUGCCUUAAAUAUUUCACACAAGUAUUGUUGGCUUCCUGUUAUAUUCUGGCAAGCCAGUUUAUAGUGUUUUUCAAAUGUGACUUUUUAAAUGUCAUUAAUAUUAAAUGUUUCAUGCACUUAAAUCUUUUAUUUUGUGUGUGUGU